GCAAAGUCAAAAAUCUCAAGAAGAAUUAAAGAUUCGAAUGUAGGUUAUAUUUACAUUUAAAAAAGUUUUUGCAAAUAAAUUGGAUCACAAAUUACAUAUUUAAAAUUUGUAAUUUAAGAGCUUAUAUGAGUUGAUACUCUUCUACUGAUCUUAAGCAAUGGCAGCGACAAGUAUCUCAGAAGAAAAUGUGAAAAAGCCAGUGUGUUUAAUAGUUCUGGGAAUGGCAGGCAGUGGAAAGACUUCUCUGGUAACAAGGUUAACAAAUUCAGAGAACAAACCUUAUGCAAUUAAUCUAGACCCUGCCUGCAUUAACUUACCUUAUUUUGCCAAUAUAGAUAUUAGAGACACUGUCAACUACAAAGAAGUGAUGAAACAAUAUAAAUUAGGUCCCAAUGGUGCAAUUGUUACAUCGUUAAAUUUAUUUUCAACAAAGUUUCCAGAAGUCAUUAGUUUUAUAGAAAAAUCAGAAAAGGAGCAUGCCGUGUUGGACACCCCUGGACAGAUUGAGGUCUUUACUUGGUCAGUUUCAGGGUCAAUAAUAACUGAAACCCUAGCUUCAUCCUUUCCUACCGUUAUCCUCUACGUUGUCGAUUGUGUGAGAAGCACUUCCCCAGUCACUUUCAUGUCUAAUAUGCUUUAUGCUUGCUCCAUUUUGUACAAAACUAGACUACCAUUUAUCGUAGUUAUGAACAAGGUCGAUAUAGUAGAUCAUUCGUAUGCCAAGGACUGGAUGACGGAUUUUGAAAGUUUCCAAGAAGCUCUGGAGGCCGAUGAGAGUUAUAUAAGUAACUUAACGAGAUCCAUGGCCCUUGCUUUGGACGAGUUUUACCAAAACUUGAAAGUCUGUGGGGUUAGUGCCGCAACAGGGCAAGGAUUGGAUGAUUUGUAUAAACUCGUAGAAGAAGCUGCCGAGGAAUAUGAAAGGGAGUAUCGUGUUGAAUGGGAGAAAAUAAGAGCCGAGGCAGCAGCAAAAAAAGCAGAAGAAUUGAAAGCUGACAAUGUCGAAAAGAAAAAUCCUUCAAAUUUACUCACUGAAGUCCCUAUGGGUAGGGAAUUGUCCGAUGUUUAUUUAAGGCAUCCCGCAAACGAAAGCAGUUCGGAUUCUGAAGGCGAAGAAGCACCUUUUGAAGGUGUGGAGGACGAUGAGCAGGAAGAAAACACAUUUAGGAAAGUUGUACAGCAGCAAAGGGAAAUGCAAAUUAAACGGGCAAAGGAAGCUGAAGGCAAGAAGAAGGAUGGUGGUUAAAAUUACUUUCCUUGUACUCUCUAUACUUUUACAUAAUAUACUAUUUUUUACUUUAAAA